AGGAGGAGGCAGAGCGGGGGGCGGGGGAGGAAAGGGAGAAAGCUCCCGCGCGUUCCCUUUAGCAGUGAGGAAAGGCAGCGAGCACCCUCUGUCCAGUGCCAUCUGCAGACAGAACUGCUGACACCGCCUCUGAGCUCAGAUCCAAGGAUGCGAGGCCCUGGCCAGGCCCUUCCAACUGGAGUUGUAUUCCUGAGCAGCAGUGGAAGCCCAGGAGGGAGGCUGGAGCUUCCCAAGUCUUACAGGGAGCAGCUCCAGGUGAACUGCGCCAGGGUGUGCUUACUUUCCCGGGGCACAGUGCUGGCCAUGGCGGUGAGAACAGAGGUUCGUCUGUACCCACAGCCCCGCGAACCUGGCGUCCACCCCGAAGCCAAGUGUUCCCUGAGUCCCGUGAGCUCUGCCUCCUGCCGCAACCACGGACUCUGGGACGCAGACUGCGUCUCCCUGGUACCACCCUUGCCCCACCCUACCUGCUGGCUGCAGCCUUCCCUGGGCAGCUCCCUGGGGUGCUCAAGGCGGCAAGGCUGCUGCCGCCACCACAGGAGCCCUCCACGAAGGGCUCCUGCCACCUCUCCCCGCAGCCGGGGCCCUCUGCAGGCCACCUCUGCCUGGGGACCCCUGGAACCCGGAGCCUCCCUUGCACCACCUGCUGAGAGCCAAGGUGCUGGAGGCCAAGAGGAGGCAAAGCCCCAGGCCCAGCCCUCUGCUUACACGCUGGUGACAGCAGAAGCGGAGUGGUCCACCUUCGUGUCCAGUCGGGGCCCCUGGACACCUAUCCACCCUUCAGUCCCGCAGGAGCCUUCACCAUCUGCUGCCCGACCUGUGCCAGCCCAGGGCACGGUCUCCUCUGAGCAUCUGCUGCACAGCCAGCAGCGUCCCCCCGGGAGCCUCAGGCCCUCCUGCCCCUCCCAGGUCUGCCACCCCACGCCCCUCAGCCCACAUGAGGAGCCUGUCCUAAGACGCCUGGCUCACUCCGAGACCCUGCACUGACUGUCCCCUGCCUGCCCACCCCUGCCUCUCCCGGGCCAGGACUGCAGGAAGGCGGCCCUCUCCCCAUGGGCCCAGGGGCACUAGCUAGUUCCACUUCGGUUCAUUUAGAGAGUAAGGAUGUUUACUAUCAUGAUAAUAAAAGGCACUUUAGAUAAGAAACUGUAUAGAGUAUAUUCUUAUUUGCUGUCACUAUAUGUUUUAUUAUAUGCAUGUAGUCUGUUUACCCGCUUUCCUACUGAGGCACAUUAUAUGAAUUUCUUGUAGAUGUAAAGGCAGUAAGGUUGGAGGAAAAACAGAUCUAACCAAGAACUGUUAGAAUAUAUGACACUGAAAUAUGAUACCUUUUGACUUAUACUACGUGUUUCUAUAAAAGUGAAAUGCAGGCCAGGAGUGGCGACCCAUGCUUGUAAUCCCAGCCCUCAGGAGGCUGAGGUAGGAGGACUGCCCCAAGUUCCAGGCCAGCCUGGGGUGCUUAGUGAACCUUGUCUCAAACAAAUAAACACAAGUUGGACAGACUGCUGGCUGAGUAUCUCUGUGUACAGGUAAGUGUCACGGCUUGUGUCUCGAUGUCCCCCAAAGCCUCAGGUAGUCACGGGAGUUGUCAGAGGUGGCAGGAUCUAGAGUGUGUGAUGCUGACAUCAAGGGUGUGUGACUAUUACUUUAGUCCACUGACUGGUUUGGCACAGUCUAGGUAAUAACAGGAAGGCCCCCCCGGGUGUGAAUGUGGGGCACACAGCGGGCAUAUAAGGUAAGGGACAGAAAAAGGGGUGUGGGGGCUGGCUGCUGCUUGCAGCUUGCUGCUUUGGCUGUUUCUGCCUGCCA